AAAGUCCUCUGUUCUCAUCUCAUCUAUCUUCUCUUAAAAGUCAAUAGACAAACUCCAAAAGUCUCCUCCGGACUAGUCUCUUCCUCGUCCUUUUUAAGUUUAAACCACAAAUCCAGAUGAGAGAGACACACACACCUGACAACUCUCCGGGCAACUAACAAACAAAAAAUGAAAACUUACCGUUUCACCCUUCCCCUUCUUCUCAUCGCCAUCUCCUUCCUCCACUCCCUCUCCGCCCAAAUGACCGGAAACUUCAAAUGCGGCCAACCCGGCGCCUCAAACACCACGUGUCGCUCUCUCGUCGGCUACUCAAGCAAGAACGCCACGACGUACGCCAGUAUCCGAACCCUCUUCGCAGUGGAGAACCUCCGUUCCAUCCUCGAAGCCAACAACCUCCCACUCUCCACCGCAGGCACCCAGCGCGUGAACCCGAACCAAGUCGUGCGCGUACCGAUCCCUUGCACUUGCUCAAACGGAACCGGCGUCUCGACCGACGUUCCGGUUCACACCGUCAAGCAAGGGGACACGCUCUCCGCCAUCGCGUCGGACCUGUUCGGAGGGUUGGUUAGUUUCCAGAGGAUCAGUGAGAUGAACAAGAUUCCCAACCCUAACGAGAUCGUCGUCGGUCAAAGGGUGUGGAUCCCUUUGCCUUGUAGCUGCAAUGAAGUCAACGGUCGAGAUGUUGUCCACUAUGCACACGUGGUCGUACCCGGAAGCUCCCUCGCCGCGAUCGCUGCUCAGUUCGGAACUGACAACACGACGUUGGCUCUGCUCAAUGGGAUCUCCGGCGAUGCUCAGCUCCUCGCUGAGCUCCCUCUCGACGUCCCUCUCAGAGCUUGUAGCUCAUCUGUAAGGAAUGACUCGUUGGAUGCUUCUUCUAUGCUUUUGCCUAACGGAUCAUACUCCAUCACUGCAAACAAUUGCAUCAGGUGCUCUUGUGAGGCGUCAAACAAUUGGACUCUAAGCUGUGAAGCCUCUCAGCUUACGCCUACGACCUGGCCAACUUGCCCGCCUUCACGAUGCCAAGGAGCAGAGAGUUUGUUUAUAGGUAACACGACUAGUACCUCUUGCGGACCUCGUUCUUGCGCCUAUGCUGGUUACUCAAACCAGACAAUCUUAACAACCCUUUCUCCAGAUCCCUGUUCAGGUUCUGGUGGUUCUAGACCUCCUUCUGGUGGUUCUAGACCUCCUUCUGGCAACUAUGCUUCAACGUUCAGCCCAAGCUUCAGUUUCGUGGUGGUGUUGAUUCAGUGUGCUCUAUACCUUCUCUAGUUAUGUAAUGGUUUUGUUUGUGUGAGUGCGAAUCUAAAGUACAGUUCGUGAUUGAAAUAAGAACAUUGUUCCACAAGAAGCAUGGCUUUUGUGUUUGUACCUAUGUAUUAUAUUCAAAAUAAUUCAACUU